AUGAAUAAGCCUCAGAAUGACAUCACAGUUUUACCUUGUGUGAAAGACUUAGUCAAGGUUUUGUACGGAGGAAAAAGGUUUGGCAAUCGUGUGGAUGAAGUUUGGCCUAACUUGUUCAUUGGCGACAUGUCAGUGGCCAACGAUCGCUACAGCCUGUGGAAGCUGGGAAUCACUCAUGUUGUGAACGCAGCUCACGGGAGGAUGUACUGCCAGGGGAGCCAUGACUUCUACGGAUCCUCUGUGGAUUAUUAUGGAGUGCCUGCGGAUGACUCACCGUCUUUUGACCUCUCUCGCUAUUUCUUUCCCUCUGCUGAUUAUAUUCAGGAGGCGCUCAACACGACUGGCGCUCGGGUAUUUGUCCACUGUGCGGUUGGAGUCAGCAGGUCUGCCUCCCUGGUCCUGGCCUACCUAAUGAUCUACCACCAUUACACCCUGCUAGAGGCCAUCGCUAAGGUCAAAGAGCGCAGGUGGAUUUUCCCCAACACAGGAUUCCUCAAACAGCUCCUCGCUUUGGAUGUAGAACGAUUCUAUCCAACUGGAUUUGGACUCAAAAUGUCAGCAGAGAAAGGCAAGAGAAUGGAAUAUCUAACUGUGAAGGAUUUGCAGAAGCUGCUGAACUCAUGCAAACUACGUCUCGGUAAUAUCGACGAGGUCUGGCCGAACAUUUACAUCGGCAAUGUGGCAGUAGCCCAAAACAAGACUGCCUUGCAGAAGUUAGGUAUAACUCAUGUGUUAAACGCUGCUCACUCCAAGCGAGGCAGCAUAGGGAACCACAGCUUUUAUGGCAACGACUUUGUGUAUUGUGGCAUUCCAGCAGAUGACUCGACACACUUCGAUCUGGAUGUUUACUUCCAGCCGGCAGCCGAUUUCAUUCAAAAGGCUCUGAAGUCACCUGAUGGAAAAGUUCUGGUGCACUGCAUCAUGGGAAUGAGCCGCUCCUCCACGCUGGUGUUAGCGUACCUCAUGAUCCACCGCCAACUCCCGCUCGAACGGGCUUUGCAGAAAUUGAUCCGGAAGCGAGCCAUCUACCCCAACAGGAACUUCCUGGCUCUGCUGCUGGAUCUGGAUCUUCAGCUGACGAGAAAAGAGAAAUCCUGUCAGAUCCUGUGA